AUGGGGGUCAAGCGCUCACGCUCUCUGUCGCCCUCAGAAGACCCCAAUUCGCCCACGUCGCGAGAGCACUCCGUCGAUGUGAAGAUCGUGCACCUUGAUGUCGAAUCAGCAGUAUCAGACCGGCCGGCGAUAAUGAAAUGCUCGCUGCCGCCCCACGAGCCGCUUACUUUCGCCUCGUUUGAGCAGUACGAGGUGCACUACCAGAAGGCGCACGUGAACCGCUGUACAGAAUGCAACAAGAAUUUCCCGGACGAGCACUUCCUGCACCUGCACAUUGCGGAGAACCACGAUCCUAUCAAUGCAGCCAAAAGAGAAAGAGGAGAAAAAACCUUCGCAUGCCUCCUCCCCACCUGCGACCGCGUCUGCUCAACCGCACACAAACGCCGCCUCCACCUCAUCGACAAACACCAAUUCCCCCGCAACUACGACUUCUUCAUUGUAAACGAUGGCAUAGACCGUCGCUCCUCGAUGCUAAGACCGCCGCCCCGCCGAAGAUCAAGCACUAUCAACUCUACCGCCUCCCAAUCCGGCAGGAGGAGGGGUGAAUCAAAUGCCGGCGUAGCGAAUGCUGAAACCAUGGACGUCGUCAGGGAUGAGGAUCAAGAUGUCAAAAAUGAAGAAGAGAAGGAUGAUGGGGACGAGGAGGUCAGGAGAGCGCCGGUUAAGCUGCGUGGAAGAGGAGGUUUUCAGCAUCCAAGAGGGCAAGAUCGGGGUCGAGGCUCCGGACGCGGACGCGGACGCGGGCGGGGAACCGCUUCUACCCUCACACAAGCAUCAGGAUCAGCAUCCAAAACCGGACCAGCCGCCACCGCAGAUCCCAUGGAAGGCCUCACAUCCAGCAUGUCCGCGCUGCAGUUCGUACCGCACAGUAUAUACGCGAGAGGUAGAGGGAGGGGAAGGGGG